GUGCUUCUUAUAACAGAAGAAAGUCGACGUCUUGCAUUUAAAGGGGGUUUAACUGUUGAAAUAUAAAUAUAGGUUUGAAGCUGAGUGUAUUUCUCACUCCCACAAUAUCAGGUUCCAUCGGUCACAGUGUAAUUGUUAUUCACCAGCGAUGUGCUGCUCUCCAGACUAGCUCGCCUCUCUCUGCUCAUUCCAGCUGUGCUGGUGGAGCUCCGCGCGCUGAGUGAGGCUAGGCGGCGUCACUUCACUUCAGUUCGGUCAGCUGCCUCUUCGGUCGGAUUGACAGACAAGCAAACAGAAAGCAGCGUUUUAAACUGCGGAGCUGCGCUCUUCCAACUGGUAGCCGUCGCUCAUAUGGCUUCAUGAAAGCUCUUCAGUUCAGUGGAAAUAGCUAAAGGAGGCAGAGGAUUCACCGCACACUCAUUCCGACGGAGGAUAUCGAUAGAGAGGUGACACCUCUGGUAGAAGAUGUCCACAAUGGUGUAUCCUCGUGAAGAGAAGCUAGAGAAGCUGUCACAGGAGGAGAUCAUCUCAAACACUAAGCUAGUGAUCCAGGGCCUAGAGGCACUGAAGAGUGAGCACAACUCUAUCCUGCACAGUCUGCUGGAGACCAUCAAGUGCCUGAAGAAGGAUGAGGAGGCCAACCUUGUUCACGAGAAGUCCAACCUUCUCCGCAAAUCUGUAGAGAUGAUUGAACUGGGCCUGGGGGAGGCACAGGUCAUGAUGGCCCUGUCUAACCAUCUGAAUGCGGUGGAGUCUGAGAAACAGAAGUUGCGGGCGCAGGUGCGGCGGCUGUGCCAAGAGAACCAGUGGCUGCGGGACGAGUUGGCCAACACACAGCAGAAGCUGCAGAAGAGCGAACAGAGUGUGGCUCAGCUGGAAGAAGAGAAAAAGCACCUAGAGUUCAUGAACCAGCUCAAGAAAUAUGACGAAGAUGUCUCACCCUCUGAGGAAAAAGAUGGUGAACCACCUAAGGACUCACUGGAUGAUCUUUUCCCUAAUGACGAAGAAGAACAUGCCCAAGGAAUGCAGCACCAGCACAACAGUGCGGCUGUGGCCGCAGCGCAGCAGGGUGGCUAUGAGAUACCAGCCCGUCUCCGAACCCUCCACAACCUGGUGAUCCAGUAUGCCUCUCAGGGCCGCUACGAAGUGGCUGUGCCGCUUUGCAAGCAGGCUCUGGAAGACCUGGAGAAAACCUCAGGUCACGAUCACCCUGAUGUUGCUACCAUGCUUAACAUCCUUGCCCUGGUGUACAGGGAUCAGAACAAAUACAAAGAGGCAGCACACCUGCUCAACGAUGCUCUGUCUAUCAGGGAGAAGACUCUUGGCAAAGACCAUCCUGCUGUGGCUGCCACUCUGAAUAACCUGGCUGUGCUGUAUGGGAAGAGAGGCAAGUAUAAGGAGGCAGAGCCGCUGUGUAAGAGAGCCCUGGAGAUCAGAGAGAAGGUGCUUGGGAAGGACCAUCCAGAUGUGGCCAAGCAGCUGAAUAACCUUGCCUUGCUGUGUCAGAACCAGGGCAAGUAUGAGGAAGUGGAGUAUUACUACUGCAGAGCUUUGGAGAUUUAUGAAUGCAGACUGGGCCCAGACGACCCCAAUGUUGCCAAAACUAAGAACAAUCUGGCUUCAUGCUUUCUCAAACAAGGAAAAUACAAGGAGGCUGAAGUUCUGUACAAAGAGAUUCUCACCCGUGCCCAUGAGAAAGAGUUUGGUUCUGUUGAUGCUGAGAACAAGCCUAUCUGGAUGCACGCUGAGGAGAGAGAGGAAAUGAGCAAGGGCAAGCACAGAGACAACACCCCGUAUGGAGAGUACGGAGGCUGGUACAAAGCCUGCAAAGUCAACAGCCCGACUGUGAACACCACUCUGAGGAAUCUGGGCGCUCUGUACCGCCGACAGGGCAAGAUGGAGGCAGCAGAGACGCUGGAGGAGUGUGCCAUGAGAUCCCGCAAGCAGGGAACUGAUCCUAUCAACCAGACGCGAGUUGUUGAGAUCCUGAAGGAGGGUGAUGGGGAAAGGAGGAGGAGCAGGGACAGCAUGUCCAGUGUUAAGUACGAUAGCAGCUCAGAAGCUGGAGAGGAAGUGAGUAUGGGCAUAGAGUGGAGCGGGGAUGGUAAUGGAACUCUACAGAGGAGUGGUUCUCUGGGGAAGAUAAGGGACGUCCUGCGCAGGAGCAGUGAGCUGCUGGUGAAGAAACUGCAGGGGAACGGACCUCCCGAGCUGCGCAGCACCAAUAUGAAGCGAGCUGCCUCCCUCAACUACCUGAACAAGACCGGUGAUGAUCCCUUUCAGAGCUCUGGGAUAAAUAGGUUGAGACAGAGUCGUGGACUGAGCUCCAGUAAUGUUGAUUUGUACAGUGGGAACUGAGUGGAGGCCCCUCCCGUACCCUCCCGUGCUUGACUUCACCAUGAUCUCACCAUGACCUUACCAUGACUCUCCAAAUGCCUGAACCUCUUCUCUGAAGACCCUUAAAAGAGCUGGACCUGCAAGAACUCUGCUGUGUUCAAAUACCUGCAGCUUGAGUCUGUUGGUCCAGAAAUAAUUUGUCCAAAGUCAGUGGCAGGUUUGCACUCUCCCACUCUCAAUACUGUAAAAUACUUUCUAGAUGCUUUUUACGUUAAGGACGGUUUUGAUGUUCAUGCUUUCUCUGUGUGAGCCCCAUAAAGUGUCAUGUUUCUAGUAUGUAUCUUUGUUUUUUUUUGUUUUUUUUUGAAGCCAUGUUCUUCAGCCAAAGAUGAGUCUGUCCUAGGUGAGCCUUCACAUUGCCAAAAUAUAUAUGUCUCACAAGGUUAGAUCACAUUUAUGUAAAUUGUACAAUAAUGUAAGUCAGUUUGUUGGGUCAGAUUUAUUAUUCAUCUGUGCCAUGGUAAGCUACUGUACUGUGUCCUUGCUUUUGAUUAUGAAAGGCACUGGUCAGUUUAGAGGAAUACUUUACCCUAAAAUGUUAAUGUGGAUAGAAAUGAAAGAAGACCUGUUGUCGUGACCUGAACCGUACAACUUUUGUUCACCCUUAGUAAGUUUGGCAUUUUUGAGUAUUGUAUUGUAUUGUAUUUUACCAGCUCCUGUCUCUUGGCUCAUAUAGUAGAUUUUUAUUAACUUAUUUUAUGGUUGUGCAUGAUAUAAACCAAUCUAGGUUGGGAAUUGCUGGUAUUUGUUUUAUGUGAGAAUUGAUGGAUUGCUGUAAAUAUUUUUGCUUUUAUCCCUUUAUUAGUUUCUGGCUCCCUUUUUUGGUGUGUUUCACCCUGAUGUAAGUGGUGCUGAUGCAUGGAUUUAUCAGGGAAAAGGGCAGUCAGGCAGUCUCCUACACUUCUUGCUCUUUAUUCAUUGUGUUGUGUUGGUCCUAUCUGUCACUGUACCUACACUCCUAUAUCCUGCAGAGGAGAUAUUGCUCUGCAGAUUCAUUUUUCUUUUGGGUAAAGGAUGAGCUGGGAGAUCUUUGUAGACAGGAAUAUUAUGAAAUAAUGAAUGCUGCAGAACGCAUUACAUUAUUUGGGGAGUAUUCUAGCCUACCCAUAAUAGAGGCUUGUGUAACGUAGGUAUAAAACCUCCUGGGUCCACACUGAGGGAAAUAAUGAGGGCAAGACAAAUUUUAAUGUAGCUAUGGAGAAAUAUCUGCUAAGCAGAAGUGAGUCAUUUUAUAUUGGAAUUCAUACUGUCAGUGAUGCUAAAUCAUUUUUCUCUUCCAUGUGACAUAUAAUGGAACAGACUGGAAGGCCAAGUUAAUCAUGCUGCUUGAGAUUAAGGGAUGUGACUGCAUAGGAUGUUACGAAUGAAUUUUUGCUUGACAUAAAGGACUUUUCUGUUACUCUGUAGAAAUCUAAUGAGUUUUUCCUGAAAGGCAGCUUAAGAUUUAGGACUUGACUUGAUAAAGCAUAUUAUGAACGGGUUUCUGCUUGACAUGAAAGACUUUGCUGUUCUUCUGCAGUACUUGUCAUUUAACUGUUAAUUGUUAAGAGCUUGAGAUUAUGAGCUUAUUUUACUGUAUGUCAUGUUUUAGAAGUUAAAUGAAGUUCUUAAAAUGGAUAGAUCAAGGUAAUCUCACCCACUGUUAUUACUGUGCUACUACUGUAAACGUGAUCAUGAUGGUUAAAUGUAGGUUAUUUUUUUAUGUUGAAUGGGCUUUUAUUUUAAAAAUAUAUAUAUUAUUCAUAUGGACAGUAAGAUGACAUGUGAUGGGAUUUUGUAUGUUCCAAUUACUAGACAGUUUUAAUGUGUGAAAAUGUGGCCUAAAUAUGGCAUAUUGUGGGAAACUAAAUGCAACUUUAGGAAAACUAUGCAUUAUAAGUGAGAUAUUGAUUAAUUACCCUGUAUGUCAAAUGAAUAGUACAAUGGAGAAGUUUUCUCAGGGUAAGGUCAUUUCUGAAAUGUUUACAUGAUAAAUAUGAAACACUGCAGCCAUUGUUACACUGCAAAAUACUGCUAAUAUUCUAUUGAGUGCAGUUGUAGUUAAAAUAAAAAAAUGCAAUGAUAUCGUAAGCAGUACAGCUGCACAUUGUAAGUACUUCAAGAGCUGUCCUAAUAAGUAAAUAAUGUUGUGGGUUCUCUUUGUUCAGCAUGUUUCUAUGAAGCACCAAAACCCUUUUAACAGUUGUAGGUGCAGUUAUAAUUUUCCCUAGUUUGAUUUAGUAAUGAUGUUUUAUACUGUAAUGCUAUUUGAUAUAUCUGAAUGUGUUAAAAGCCUCAGUGACUUAUACAGGUGAAGGGUUUUCUGUGGUAAUGGGGAAAGGUCAACAUUGAUUGUUUUAUAUGGGAGCACAGCAUGGCUUUAGUUGAAUGACUCAACGGCAGAAAUGCUACUUCUUUCCUUUAAAGUCCACCAUCUAUGCUUUGCAGACUCCUGUUUUAUGUUGUAAAAAGAAAUGGUGUGGUGGUUGUGAGAAUAAACAAUUCUAAAAUAUGUUGCAUUGUAA